AUGAACCGUGAUCCUGCUUCCCUCUGGAAGCCCACUCCGAACUUCUACCGCAGCCACGUUGUCCUGUGCAUCGGUAAAAGAUACGACGAGGGAGUUGAUGUUCUUGGCUGCACUGUUGAUAUCGGUCCAAUCGUAAUUCGCUGCGUCUUGGAUAUUUUGGACACCAUCGACGUAUUUCCCAAGGGUAUCACAGAAAUCGUCGACGUUCGUGAUGUAGUCAUCGGCCAUAUCCGUUAA